CCCUAUCAGAUUAAUGCCUUUUCGAAGCCUCCAAAAGCCAACCUUUCACCACCAUUUGUAAACGGUCAGCUACUUCUUUUUCUCUCUUAGAUUAUACCACAUCAAUUAUUUAAUUGUGUCUGUCAUGUUCCUUUUCAACCCUUGCUAAUAAAAACGUUGCCACCAGAACAAAAAUGGGGACUAGGGGAAACGGUGGUGGUGGGUGGCGCCGUGGCGGUGGUGGGACUUAAAGUACUAAGAAAUGGCUACCCAAUUGAGAGCUAAUAACUAUUAUUAUCAUCAAAGCAACGCCAUGCCUGCAACAACAUUGAUAUCGUCACCAUCACCAUCAAUAUGUUUAAAUUCAAUUUCUCCAUUGUUGUUCAAGGGAAGUAGUUUGGUUAGAAACAAGGAGAUUGAUUUGGAGAGAUCUCUUGGUUUUGAAACGGCAACAAGCUUAAGAAGAAAGAAAAGAAGAGAAUACGGGGUGGUGGUUGCAUCGAGCAGCAACGUGGCUGCGCCUCUCUGGGAUUCAUGGAAACCUGAGAAAAGUUCUUCUGCACCUUCACUCAGCGACAUCCUUUGGCCUUCUGCAGGGGGCUUCGCGGCAAUGGCGAUAUUGGGAAAGUUGGAUCAAGUUUUAGCACCAAAAGGGAUUUCAAUGACAAUUGCACCUUUAGGAGCCGUUUGCGCGGUCCUGUUUGCUUCUCCCUCCUCUCCUGCUGCUCGGAUGUACAAUAUGUUCAUGGCUCAGAUAGGUUGUGCAGCAAUUGGUGUUCUGGCAUUCUCUAUAUUUGGACCUGGUUGGCUUGCUAGAAGUGCUGCCCUUGCUGCAUCCAUAGCUUUCAUGAUCUAUACACGUUCCACCCAUCCACCAGCUGCAAGUUUGCCAAUUCUGUUUAUUGAUGGAGUUAAGUUACACCACUUGAAUUUUUGGUAUGCAUUUUUUCCUGGUGCCGCUGGAUGUAUCAUCCUUUCUUUGAUAGUAAGUUCCUCUUCUUUUAGCCCUUUGAACUCCAUUCGAUCAUAUUAUAGGCUUUUUCUUUUAUCCUUCUUUUUCUUUUCUGGAAGGACCUACUGGAUUUCGAAUUUUCAAACAAUUAACAUAGUCUGAGUUUUAAUUUCCGGGAUUUCUUUUACAUCUUGUUUAUUUUGAGCCUUCUUGAUACUUGGCAAUUAAGGAGAUAACAUUUUGUGAUACUUUUAAUGGAAUAGUAUUACGAAUUAUUUAUGAAUUAUAGUAAAAUGGUAAAUAUGAUUUUUUUAAUUUUAAAAAUCUCAAUUUGAUAUUUGAGUUAUGAAUUAAUUAACUAAUAUGGUACUUGAAAAGUUGUUUAUCGAUCACAUGUUAUUAUUAGAAGUUAAUAAUUUUAAAAGUGAGUAACACAUUUGUUAUCUGAUUCAUAAUUUAAACACUGCAUUAGAGAUUUUUAAACUUUAAGUAUACAUUAAACAUUUUAUUAUAAUUUAAGAGUUAUUCGUGAUAUUAAUCAUAUUUCUAACCCAUAUUCCCUGGUCAUGCCUUCAAUGUGAAUGUUAACUUAUGAAUUCAAUUCCUAAACUUCAAGCCGCCGGAAAGCUUCAACUUAAAACAAUAACCUUCUUGGCCACUAGCCAUAUUAAUGGCCUUUAAGGAGUUUACCAUUGCAUUGACAGUUUUUCAAGCCUUUGUUGAGAUUCCCUGAAAGUGAUGUGUCUCUGUUUUGUUUGACC